UAUCGUUGGAUGUAUCCAAUUGAAAGGUUCCUAAGCAAAUUGAAGUCUUAUUGCCGUAACAAGCGUUAUCCGGAAGGAUCAAUUGCUGAAGGCUACUUGGCAGAGGAGUGUAUGACAUUCUGUUCUAGAUAUUUAGAUGUUGAAACAAGAUUGAAUAGACCAAGUAGAAAUGCCGGACUCAAUGAUCCUAACUUGGACAAAACUUAUUUAUUUCAAAGUUAUGGAGAACCAAUCGGCAAAGUUGAAAUUGUAGAAUUAGAUGACCGAUCUUGGAUACAAGCACAUAGAUAUGUUCUUUUCCACCACGAUGCACUUGAACAAUUACGCAAGUAAGUUCUAGAAUAUGAUAAA